AUGACCACGUUGUUACCGUUGCAGACGAUCAAGAGAAACCUAUUGGGUCGAGAGACGUCGCUUGCUGACACGCAAGAAACGCGCCUUAUCGCAGAUAAAAAGAUAGAUAUUCAAGCAAAGACAAUUUGUACCCAAACAUCUCUGCAAGCGAUUCAGUUAAAUGAGAAAAAUCUCCAAGAUAAGGGGAUAGCAACUGACGUGAAUCGUUUCACUUCGUCGUGUAUUCAAUUGGAAGAUAAAAAAUCAUCCGCAUUUUGGUGUACGAACAACGAUCCUGCCCCUCAGUGGCUGAUCGAGGAAGCUCUCAACAGAGAGGCCGAGCGCAGCGAGCAACGGACAAAGGGUGAAAUAACGUCGAGGAAGGAGAUCGAAUACGAAACGAUGAUAUCAAAUCUCGAAGCGAAACUUGCUCAAACCAGACAGGAGCUUGAAGAAGCUAUAACAGCAAAAUUAAACGUAAAAGAAAAAUAUAAAAGAUACCUGGAAAAUGCAAAAACCGAAGCUCGUGAAGAAAACGAGGUGUUACAAGAAAAAAUUGUACGAAUUUGUACAUCUGUUUUGGAAAAUUUUGGCCCCAGAUCGUUGGAUCGAAGAGGGAACAUUUGUUAUCAAAUAAAAUAUCGCAGAAGAUUAAAAUGCCACGAAAGGAUUUCGACUAAAUUGCAUACAAAACUGCGGAUGGCAGUGGCGAAAUCGACGAAAUUGAAACGAGAAUUGGCGGCGGCGCGGAAAACGGUGAAAAAUAAAUCAGAGGAGUACGAAUCGAUCAGCAAAUGCUUCGGCCAGCUGAAGCAAGAAAUGGAGGUCACAGAGACGAAUUUGAACAAUCUGAUCGCCGAGAAUCUUUCGCUGAGGAAAAAGAUGGAGGAUACGCGAGACUGGUUGCAGCACACUGUGGGGAAAGAACGACAUACAGCUCAUUUUCGAGAUAUGCACAAGAACAGGGAAUUGACGAGCUUGAAGAAAAAAGUUGAGGAAGAUUCUGCGACGAUUGCUCAACUUAGAAACAAAUUGGUGCGUUCGGAAUCAGCAAAUGCGAACAAGGGAUUUUUACUAAACAGUUACAAGAGUCAACUGGCAGACCUAAAUAAAGAAAAGACACAGCUGAUGUCCAGGUUGACCGGUUUAGAAAAUCAAAUUAGCGCUGUUAGAAAUAGCAAUUCACAAUUGAAAGGAAAAAUCUCGGUUUUGAACUUUGAAAAGGAUAAAUUACUAACUGAUAAUGAAAAAUCAAAGACAAACAUAACCCAAAAAAUGGAAACAAAGUGUGAUAAAAAAUGUGAGGAAACUGUACAAUAUGAAGUUGAAACUAUCAGGUCUAAAUAUGAGGAAACUAUUAAGUCCAUGAACACCAAAAUGGCGUUCACUAAAAAUCAGAACAACGAAUACUCAAAAGCCAUCAAGGAAUUCUUAAAGAAGCUCUAUGAACAUCAUAGAAACCACAAAACGCCAAGAAGUUCAUAUGAAAGUGAUGCAAGUGAAAAGGAGGCUCAUGAAACUGCAUGUAAUAUUUUAAAUAUGACGCCAGAUGAAUUGACCGGCUUUAUCAAUGGAAAAGCUUCAAAUUCUACUAAUCCUUGGUUAGUGGAAUUAAAUCGCAUAAUUGCAACAAGUUACUUUUCUGAAAAUCUAUCGAUGUUUUUACUGAAAAAGACAAUGAAAAAAGUGAAAAUAUAA